AUGAGAAGCUGGGAACUUUCCAACAUUUAUUUAGCUGGCUGCAAGCUUCGAGGGACUCUCCCAAAUUUCACAACCCCUGAUUCAUUAAGCUCUUUGGACCUGUCAGAUAACUAUUUCACUGAAGGUACCAUUCCUGAAUUCAGCACUAGCUUGAACCUGAAAGUGCUCAACAUAGCAAGCAACAAACUUACAGGUUACAUUCCCAAUUCAAUCUCCAACCUUGCUAAGGUUGAACGAUUGGACAUUUCAAGGAACCAAAUAGGAGGCACAAUCCCAACCAGUUUAGGAUUGUUGCUCAAGUUGCAGUGGUUGAAUUUGUCCAUCAACACACUUUCCGGGAAAAUCCCUGACAGCUUGCUACAUAUUGAAGUGCUGAGACACGCAAGCUUUAGGGCCAACAGAUUAUGCAGUGAGAUCCCACAAGAAAGACCAUUGAACAUCUUUCCUCCAGUAACUUAUGCUCAUAAUCUGUGUUUAUGUGGCAGGCCCUUGCCACCUUGUAAGGGAAAGAAGUGA